AGGAGUUGGUGCAGGUGACGAAGAUGUGGAUGUUGGAGAGGAUGACCACCCUUUAGGGGAAGAAGUACCGGCAGGUGGGGAUGAAGAAGCAGCUGGUACACAUAACGAAGCCGGAACCUCCGAGCAUCGUCAGGAAUUUAUUGAAGUCGAUGAUGAAGUAGACGAUGUUCCGGAAGGAUUGGAACCGCAGGUUGUUGUCCCUCUGCGUAGUUAUGCUGGUUAUCUUAGUGUGUCCGAUGUCGAUGUUGAUCGUUUGUACCUUGCAGUUUCUAAUUGGGACAAUAAGAGAAGAAUUAGGUAAUUGAUUUGAUUUUCAUUAUUUUUUUGUGGUAGACAAAUGUGUGUCAGUUAAUAACAUGUGAUUAUUUUCAGAGUUGUGUGUGAGAUGAUGGGGGCGUUCUUGGACACAAAUUCUAUGCGGACUUUAGGACCGCGUAAAUAUGUUGAUAANUUGGUAAGUGUUAUGUUAGAUUUGUUAAUUGUUAGUUAUGUUGUUUUUUUGUUGAUUGAAGGUUGUGCCAUGUUUUGUGUUGUAGGUGGUGUUAUUUGCUACAACGAUGAUGUUGCAAAACCAGAGAAAGUUGACCGGUGUAGUNAAGAGGCUCAUUUUCAAUUUCAUAUAUGCGGGGCAUAUUCUCGCUGACUUUCGAAGACGAAAGCCGGAAUAUCGGAACAAGUACACCCUGAGUAGUUACACGACGUAUAUGAGGUCCGAUAUAUUUGGUCUUGCUGACAUUCCGAAUGCAGACUUUGUGUUUAUGCCCUUUCUCCAUGAUGAACACUGGUGGUGCUAUGCAGUCAAAAUUAGCACAUUGGAACUAUAUGUGAUUGACUCAAUGGGGAAGGGUGUAAGAAAUAGGAAAAAAAUUGACGAAUUUGUGGGUGCAAACAUGGGAAAAUUCUUUGAGAUGNUGUACAAUAGACCGGAGGGGAGUAUAGGUCCAUUGUGCGUUAAAGAUGGAAAUAUCCCACCCCAGCCGAACUUGUAUGACUGUGGUGUGAUGAUGUUAAAAUCCAUUGAACUUUGGGAUGGAGAGAAUAGAUACAACGGCAAGAGCAUGCCGGCGUACACUAAUGAGGAGCUGAGUCAAAUAAGGAAGAAUUAUGUGAAAUACUGGAUCCUCGACAACGACAACUUGAGAAUAUUUGAUGCGUUAGACAAAUAUGGGUUGUUGUAGGAUUUGUAUUGAUGGGUUGAUGGAUAUGUAUUGAUGAAUAUAUUGUACAUUUGAAUUGUAUUUAGACAAACAGUGUUAUAGGCAUUCAUGUUGUUUUGUAAUAAGUUUUGAUUGUUACAACAGACAAAGAUAUACGUGUACCAAUUCCAAUUUUAAUUCCAUAUGAUUUAUAUCCAAGCAAUAUUGGGUGCAUUUGCUUUGUAUUUAUCUUAAAUUUAUUGUAAUGUGAAUUGUUGAUUGUAUAUUCUUCAUUUGUAAGUGGAUAAGGAAGUUAGGUAUGUUAGUAAUUUGAAAACAUGAAGUGGUAAUCGUUUACAAGGCUGUGUAAACGUUUACCGGAGAGAAAUUUCCAAUUUGUACAGAAAGUUGGCCACAGGAAACCCUUUUUUUGAACACAGGGCACCAUGUUAGAUUUUUGUGAGUUUUUGACUUGAGGUCAGUGGUGGUCCUUGGAUAUUGAUUGGGAGUAGUUAGGGGAGUGUUGGGGUCCAAGUUUCCCA